AUGAAACGCUUAGAGGGCAUUGUUAACAAAAUGUUCCAGCGCUGCCUUGAUGAUCACAAAUACAAACAGGCCAUUGGUAUUGCAUUAGAAACUCGUCGACUGGAUGUCUUUCAGAAAACCAUUUUAGAAUCGAAUGAUGUCCCAGGAAUGCUUGCAUACAGCUUAAAGGUCUGCAUGUCAUUAAUGCAGAACAAACAGUUUAGAAAUAAAGUCCUUAGGGUCUUGGUGCAGAUCUACAUGAACCUGGAGAAACCUGACUUUAUCAACGUAUGCCAGUGCCUCAUUUUCCUGGAUGACCCCCAAGCUGUUAGUGAUAUACUGGAGAAGCUGGUGAAGGAGGAUAACCUGCUCAUGGCUUACCAGAUAUGCUUUGACUUGUAUGAGAGCGCCAGUCAACAGUUCCUGUCUUCAGUCAUACAGAAUCUCCGUACGGUUGGAGCCCCUAUUCCUUCAGUUCCAGGUUCUACCAACACUGGCACAGUUCCUAGUGUUUCCAAAGAGAGUGAACCAAUGGAAACAGAAGACAAAGCUGUCAGCACAACAGGCAGCAAAUCAACAGAUGCGAGUCCUGAGCCUAAAGACCAGAUUUCAAAAAUGAUAAAGAUCUUAAGUGGAGAAAUGGCUAUAGAACUACACUUGCAAUUUUUGAUACGGAAUAACAACACAGACUUGAUGAUCCUGAAGAACACGAAGGAUGCUGUGAGGAAUUCUGUGUGUCAUACAGCUACUGUAAUAGCAAAUUCUUUUAUGCAUUGUGGCACCACCAGCGAUCAGUUCCUCAGAGAUAAUUUAGAAUGGUUAGCAAGAGCCACAAAUUGGGCAAAAUUUACAGCAACAGCUAGCCUGGGAGUUAUCCACAAGGGACAUGAAAAGGAGGCACUACAGCUUAUGGCUACUUAUUUGCCAAAGGAUACAUCACCUGGCUCGGCAUACCAGGAAGGGGGGGGCUUAUACGCUUUGGGACUUAUUCAUGCCAAUCAUGGAGGUGACAUAAUAGACUAUCUACUUAACCAGUUGAAGAAUGCAAGCAAUGAUAUUGUCCGGCACGGUGGCUGUCUAGGGUUGGGUUUGGCUGCAAUGGGCACUGCACGGCAAGAUGUCUAUGAUCUUCUCAAAACAAACUUGUACCAAGAUGAUGCAGUGACAGGGGAGGCUGCAGGCCUGGCACUUGGCUUGGUGAUGCUUGGGUCUAAGAAUGCCCAGGCCAUUGAAGACAUGGUUGGAUAUGCCCAGGAGACACAACAUGAAAAAAUCCUGCGAGGGCUGGCUGUAGGCAUUGCCCUGGUUAUGUAUGGCCGUAUGGAGGAAGCUGAUGCUUUGAUUGAGAGUCUUUGCAGGACAAGGGACCCAAUCUUACGUCGCUCUGGCAUGUACACCGUGGCUAUGGCGUAUUGUGGAUCAGGAAAUAAUAAAGCUAUUCGUCGCUUGCUCCAUGUUGCUGUCAGUGAUGUAAAUGAUGAUGUAAGGAGGGCAGCUGUGGAGUCUCUUGGCUUCAUUCUGUUCAGGUCAGUAGUUUCUCUAUUUUUCUCUCUGGUUAGUCACCUCUUUGCCCAUCUGACAGAAUAA